AUUCGUCCAAAGUUGACUUCAAAAUUAUUGGAGAUUCAGAACAAUGAAGCUAAUUAACCGAUUUCAGAAACAACCAUGUCUUGCUGUGAAAUCCACAAGGAUUUCAACAAACAAACACAGCUGACAUUAUUACAUUCAUUCAACUGUAUCUAUAACACACACAUACAACUUACAAGUAAUACAAUACUCCGAGAUUCAACUUUAGAUACUUCAUUCUGACUCUAUUGGUUUCUUCUUUUUAACUCUUUAUUUUCUAUAACUGCAAGCAAAGUCAGAUCAAGAACCAGAAUAUUGAUCUUGGGUUUUCAUUUUCUUCAAGUUUCUUGAUCUGGGUAGAUUUUUAUUAGAUCUUUCUGGGUGUUUUUGAUAUUGGUUUUUGAUGGGUUGGAGAUACAGAGCUGGCUUGUUUCUGAUUGCUGCUGUUGUUAUUAUUUGGGUUUCUUCUGCAGAGGUCACACAGGACAUUUUCACAGACUAUAAGCAGCCAUUUGCGGUGACAUAUCUUGGUGCUUCUUUAAUGGUGGUGUAUCUCCCAAUAGCAUUCAUUAAGGACCUUAUCUAUAGUUAUCUUAAAAAACGCAGCAGUAAAAGUAGCAAGAGUAUAUUAACAGAAAAUGGGGCCAUAAAAAUGUUUGAAAUCGAGAUUCCAGGAUCAAUAAAUAGAAAAGACAGUGAAGGGGACAUUUCUGCUCAGGAAGAGGAAAUGCUAUUGGUUCCUGCUGACACAGUGAAGCAAAAUAAAGAGCUUAGCACCAGGGAAAUUGCUACUUAUGGGUUCUACAUUGCCCCUAUUUGGUUUGUUACAGAGUAUUUAUCCAAUGCUGCACUCGCACGUACUAGUGUGGCAAGCACCACAGUAUUGUCCUCGACGUCGGGCCUUUUCACUCUUUUUAUAGGUGCAUUUUUGGGUCAAGAUUCCUUAAAUGUAACAAAGGUAGUUGCUGUCUUUGUUAGCAUGGCUGGUGUUGCCAUGACCACGCUUGGAAAAACAUGGGCAGCAGAUGACGCACAAUCAAAUUCGUCUUCUAAUGGCAAGCGCUCUCUUGUUGGUGAUCUCUUUGGCCUUCUCUCAGCUUUGUGCUAUGGGCUAUUUACUGUACUUCUUAAGAAGUUUUCUGGGGAGGAAGGUGAAAGAGUUGAUGUAUCAAAGUUGUUUGGAUAUAUUGGCUUGUUUACUCUUGUGGCCCUAUGGUGGCUUGUAUGGCCUUUGACAGCAUUAGGAAUUGAACCGAAAUUCACGAUUCCACAUUCAGCUAGAUUGGAUGAAGUGGUUAUCGCAAAUGGUUUUAUUGGAAGUGUUCUUUCUGACUAUAUAUGGGCAUUAUGUGUUGUCUGGACAACUCCACUUGUGGCUACUUUGGGCAUGUCUCUUACCAUCCCACUUGCUAUGGUGGCUGAUAUGAUGAUUCAUGGUCGUCACUAUUCAGCCAUUUACAUUCUUGGUUCUGUUCAGGUAUUUGCUGGAUUUGUGAUUGCUAAUCUCCCGGAUAGGUUAUCAAAAAAGUUGGGAUUUUAGCAUUUGGUUACUUCUUGCUUUCUCAACUAAUUGUUUCUCACAUUCCAAGUCGAACAAGAGAUGGUGAUGUUCACUACAAAGAAAGUUUCUUGUCGGCUUUGUCAGAGGAGAAUAGACAGCAUAUGGUACUCUUACAAAAAAGUUUGUGCAAAUGAGAUCUCAGCCCAAUGUGUUUUCUAAGAGCUACAAAUAGUGUUAGUAUAAGAAUGGAAAGUUCACAGUUUUGUUUUGUUUUCUGUUGUAUUGUAUUUUUUGUUGUAACAACUGGAUGGCUGCCGCGGAUCCAGUGGGAUAUAUUGGUACAACAUCCUUCUGAAUUUGGAAAUCAGAGAUCCAGUUUGUGAAUUGUGAAGCUGUACUGGUUGUAAGUAGUAAAGACCCCUUUGAUAGUCUUGAUAGGAAUCAGAACUAGAAGUCUAGAACUUGUGCCAUAAUUUAUUUUGAAAUGAAAAUUGACAUGUUGAAGUUAA